CUCUCUCUGUCCUUACUCUGUCUUUUCUUUCUCCUCUUCCACUGUCUUUCUGUCUUUUUCUUUCUCUAAGCGUCCCCACUGCAGCCCAGGAGCUAUCCAGUGCUGAACGUGUUUUCAUUUUUUUCCCCCUGUUUUUUUUUUCUCCACGAAUGGGAGAGAGAGGGAGUGUAUGCAUGUGCGUGUGGUCUGUACAGUAGAGCACACACACAGCAUCGCAUUCGCCCAUCGUCUCUCUUCCUGCCUGCUCUCCAUUUUCUUUAUCUUCAUCCCAUUCUUUUAGUCCUUUUCUUUUAUCUUGGGUGCUUUUUUCUUUAAGUUGAACAGAUACACGGAUAUACGAUUCAGCCUUUGCUGCUGCACUGUUUUUAUUUGCUCCAGGAGUCUUUUUUCCCCCCCAAUUUUUUUUCCGUCUUUGACGUCCAUGCGUAGUGCUUCUCCUGUGUGUGAAUCAUGCCCCGCUCCUUUCUGGUGAAGAAGAUCAAGCUGGAUGAUUUCUCCUCAUCUCCUGUGGUGGCAUCUAACCAUCAUCAUCAUCAUCAUCACCAUCACCUGGAUGAGUCCUUCACUUUCACGCGCUCUAUCACGGACUCUGUAACCAGUUUGGGCAUCCGGUUGAGUGAGAAUGGCUACAUCCAGGACUACAUCAGUCCAUCAGCCUAUCAGGGUGAGAAGAAGCUUAGCUCGCCUGUGUCUGACCCACUCUAUGCUCCGGUAAACAGUGGAGGAGAGGAGUACUGUGAGCCAGACUUGGAACAUCCGGACAGCCCUCAGUCCGGUCUGACGGCCCGCGGCUACUACAGUGGUGAGUCCGAAAGCCAGAGUGAUGGCUACACGGCAGACGGCUUCUUCAUCUCAGAUGGUCGUUCGCGCAGGCGAGGCGAGGCCAAGGAAGCACGCAAAGGUAGUGUGGAAGCAAAGGAAUCGGGAGCAAGACACACAUGCAACGAGUGUGGCAAAACAUACGCCACAUCCUCCAACCUGAGCCGCCACAAGCAGACGCAUCGCAGCCUGGACAGCAAGAUGGCGCGUAAAUGUCCGACAUGUGGGAAGGUGUAUGUGUCCAUGCCAGCGUUGGCUAUGCACGUGCUCACGCAUGACCUCAAGCACAAGUGCAACGUGUGCAGCAAGGCGUUCAGCCGCCCUUGGCUGCUACAGGGUCACAUGCGCUCACACACUGGCGAGAAGCCAUUUGCAUGUGCCCACUGUGGCAAAGCCUUCGCCGAUCGCUCCAACCUGCGCGCCCACAUGCAGACACACUCUGCCUUCAAGCACUACCGCUGCAAGCGCUGUCACAAGACCUUUGCGCUCAAGUCGUACCUGAAUAAGCACUAUGAGUCGGCCUGCUUCAAGGGCUCUGGAGAUGAAGAUGAGUCCGGCUCUGAGAACUGAGCACCACACAGCGAGAAAAUGGAUGAGAAAGAAAAAAAAUUACAUUUAAUUAAUCCUUAACUAAGCCCUUGUACACACAUACACAUACACACACCCACACACACACACACAAACAAAUGCGCCUUUUUCCUUCCUUUUUUAGAAAGCAAUAUUUUCGCUGAGAUCACUUUGGAGAAGAAAAAGAAAAAAACAAUAAUGAGGAGACAAUAAUGAACCAAUGCUGGAUUUUUCUUCACUCUUAUGGCUAAAUGUCCACAGAUACACAACAACAUACUCCAAGACUCUCUUUCUUGCGCUCUUAUACACAAACACACACACACACAUGCACGCACACACACACACACACACACACACACACACACACACACACACACACACACACACACACACACACACACACACACACACACACACACACACACUUAUUAUGAGGCCUGGCAUGUGAAUUUUUAUCAAUGACUAUAAUAAUAAUAAUAAUCAUAAAUAAUAAUAAUAAUCAUAAUAAUAACAAUGUUAGUAAUAAUAUUUAGAAUCCUGAUAUUUUAUAGCAAAUCAUAUGAAAACAAAACAAAAAAAGAAAAACAGAAAAGGACAACAGUGUUCCUUCUUUUUUUAGAAACAAACAAAAAAUGACCUCAUGUAUUUUUAUGCUGCUUUUUUGUUUUGCUAAGAGCUGAAUUCUUUUGCAACUGCCAACUUUUAUGACAAUGUCAAUAAUGACAGUAUUUGCAAAAAAAGGCCACUAAAAAGUUGAAAACUUUUUUCCGCCAGUCUUUAGUAAUUUUAAUCCAACAGGUGUUAUUUUUCUAUUUACAGUCCCAACCUCCAGCAUUUUAUUUAUUGUCUUUGGUUGUGCCAAUCAACCCAAUAUUUCAUCGAAGAGUGAUCUUUUGGGAAUGUGAGUGUUUUGUGGACUCUUCAGAAUAACAGUGUUUUUCCUCACCAUUUGCAGAUAUCAAGGACUAAACAAGGAAGGUGUAACUUAAAGACACUUCCGGUUUAAAACCUGUUGCUUUCAGUCCUGUUUAACAGGAUGCAAUAUCUCAGUAUUUGAAUCAAUCUCACAGUUCACGCUGACUCUAAUGAUGACAUUUAGAAGCAAUCUCAACCCACAAUGCAGGUCUUCCUCUGCCACUUUGGCUCAAACUGACUCUUCAAGUGUUCCCUCUUCCUGGAAAUACUCCUUUCUCUCCCCCCAGUCUAGCUAUUACCUCACUAAGAGGCAGGUACGACCUCUGACCCGUCCAUCCCAGACUCACUGUCCAUCAUUCACCUCUGUCAAAACAGUGACCUCAUUUCUUACCACAUCAGUAUUCUUUUAUUUAUGUAUUUAUUCAUAUACUAUUUAUUCGUUUAUUUAAUUAUUUAUUUUUUCUUAUUUAUUGGUGUUAUUUAUUUAAUUUAUUCAUCUGUGUAUUUGGAAUACUAAAUACCACCACUGACCUUGUAAGAUGCUGCUCUUGAAAGAAAAAUGUUUAUAUGCAUGAUGAAACUGUAGGAAAGAAAAAGUCCAAGUGACUUCUAGCAUUUUUUUGUCUUUCUUUUGUCUUUCUUUGUCUUUUUUUUUUUUUUAAGAGGAACAAUGUACAUGUUUGAGAAGUUUGGAAUGAUACUUUGUUUCACAGGCAAUAAUUCUUCCUUGGCACGGCAAUGGACUUGUAUAAUCAUAGCUGUCCUGUCUGCAGACCACUUAGGGCAAUAAAUGAACGAGCCUGAACACAAACCACAAAGUCAUCCUCCAUCUCGUUGUUGUCAUUUUUAUUUGGGAUAAAUUAGCAUCGGGUUGGGAAAAUCAUCCCUCAGUGAUGCCUGGGCACACAUUGCUCCCUGAUUGAAGCACCAACUUCAUUUAUAUCCAUAAACAUUAUUCAUUUCAUCUCCAGUGUAAAAUAAAUCACAAUUAAAUGAGCAGUUUUCAUUUUUAAGCCUGUAGUGACUAGUAGUGCUCUUUAAGGUAAUUUAUUUUUUCCCAGGUUUAUCAUCCAUUGUAGCCAGGAAUUUCACCUAAUUAACCAACAGAAUGAAAUAACACUUGCUAUUCAGUCAAAUGAAUUGAUUACUCUUUAGCAUGUCAUGUCAACACUAUAUAGAGUAGGAUGAUACAAGACAUGAUGACGAUUAAAAAUUUCCCUUUUACAAAAAUACCGAACAGUAACAAACCUGACCGAAUGUUAUUGUGACAUCAGCUACCAUCUAAUAUAACCACUGAUUAUUGGUUAAGGCUUUAAUUAAGAUAAUAAAUCUGGUUGUAUUGUUUUAUAGUUUCCCUUCAUAACUUUUAGGUAGCACUACAGAUUCUGAACCGUUGAGACGCAUCCAAUCCAAUUGUUUUUAAACAUUAUGAUUUCAGUCUCUACUUUUUUAAACAUGCUAAGAUGUUGAGCUAACCAAUGAUUCUACUGCAGUAUUUAUUCAAGUACUGAAAUAUUUUGCCUGGUCCAAUACUGCGUUUUGGUUGUAAACGCAUCACUGCCUUUCCUUAUAGAAAACCUAUUUUUGUGAAUUUUUUACACAUUGUUUGUAGGCACAUCUAACGUCAUGUGGACUUUUUACAUAACAUAAUGGAUCAUAUAGUUUUAAUUUUCCACAUAUUAUUAAUUAAAUUUGUCCCACGUUAGUCAUAUGUUUCGAUUUGUCAUGUGAUGACAUAGUCACAUAAUCACAUGUAAAAGGUACAUAGUUUUCUUCUUACUAAAAGAUAAGUGAAACUUUAUUCCAACUAAUUUGUGAAUCCUUACAGACGUAGUUAGAUAAAGUCUAUCAAUGCGUCAACAUUAUUAGAUUUAAUGAUCCUAAUCCUAGCACUAAAAACAGUGCUGCCACAACAGCAUUUAAUAUCUUUAAUAGCGUUAAUGCCGAUCUAGCAGCAUGUGCAAGAUUAAAGGAUAAAUAGUCUCAGUUAUAGCUAGGUCAUUAUGAUCAUUUUCAGUGUGUGUGUACUGUAUGUUUCAUCAUUUACCCCAAUCAGUGUCCUGCCUUUGAAGUCAGGCUGCUAAAAAUGAGCAGUGAAACAACAACAAUUAUCAAGAUUACCUCCAUCCGUGGCACAUUUAGGCUGCACUUUUAUCUGCACUACAGAUGGAAGAGGAAAAUCAGAACAGGUCUCUAAAUGAAGUGAGCCAGGGGAUGAAGGUUUGUCCGAAGGAAAGCGAUGCUAUAUUUAAUGGCCUCUCCUGCAGAGAGAGGGAAUCUGACAGGUCAGAGAAUCCUGCAGGCUAAUAAUCGUGCAUUACAGUACAGUGCGGUCUGUACGCGCACCUAGCUUUCAGCUGUUUUAAGCGUGCUAAAAAUAAAACCUCAUGGAAAGAAGGACACAUACACUGUCUCAUUAUGUCCUCCUCAUCAGUGUUGAUGCCUCUGCGCUGUGAUGUGAAGUGUAGCUUCUAGACAGGCGGCGUUUGACGGUGGGUCAGGAACGAGGUUCAAAGUGAAUAUCUGUCACCGGUGACAGGGUGAAGUAAACAGAACAGUAACGACGGCACUGGUGGCGUGCAGCAGUGAGACACAAUUCUGUUCAAACGCUGUGAUGUAGACACAGAGAGCAGUAUUAGGACAGUGUGCUGUUUUUAUAAUUCUUUUCUAGAAGUUCCAGAUUAGAGCUCAGAGCAGUAAAUGGGAGUCUUAACUGAGUAUGAACAUCCUCUCCUUUUUCAUUUCUAUCUCUCUGUAGUUUUAUCACUCGUAUCCCUUUUCUUUUUUCCUUGCCGUCAUUCUCUUCCUUGCUUGCUCUCUCUCAGGGUGAACAGGUGCUAGUGGACAGGCGGGGAGACAGAGAGAGAGUAAUUGAGGCUGAGUCUGACCUUGACGAGGAAGGUCGAGGCAGCAGCAGGCGAAUGCACCGUCAGCGCUUUGCAUAUUCUAAAUCGGAUGACACAAUAUCUGUAAUAGUGCGAAACCCACGGGGAAUCAGAGAUGAGCUUCUCUGCCCAUCCCCUCGCUUCCUAACUCUCUUUCUCCAUUCUCUCAAUCCAUCCAUCCACCCAAUGCAUCCAGGAUCUCUCUCUUAACACUCGACUUUCAUUGUCCUCAAAUCAGUGUGGUUCAAGUCUGCGAGUGCAGCAACAGAGACAGCAUGUAGACUCUUUUCCUGCUCCCAGCUUCUCAGCUCAGUUCAUUACCCACCAAUGCAUCAUGUCUGUGAAUGAGUCAUUAUGUUUCAUCUUUCGCUCAUUUGUCUUUUUCUCUUUUUUUCUUGCAUACCAGCUUUCAAACCAUAAGCCUAAGAUUAAAAGCAAUGAUAAAACCCACUGAAUAAAGAAUUGUUUUAUUAUGCAAAGCCCUUAGUAACACGAAUAAUCGCCUUUACAAGGACAUUUGAAGAUUUAUGACUAGCUUUACCUCGCUAUUUUACUUUGCAAUCAAAUUAUAAACCAUUUUUAAUGUAUGUCAAGCAAUGUCAGUAUGACGAUGGGGAAUCCGGUCGACAUGUUGUCCAAAGGUCACAGUUAGCUAUUAAGAACUAUCACCAGAGGACUACCAACAGAAUUUCAUGAAAAACAUUGUUCCUCUUUUUGAUGAACUUGUAAAUAUGUUUGUAAAUAUGUCACAGCAAUAAUACGAAAGUGCAUGUGAAAAAAUAUCUGAUCAUUUUGCUUUUACUCUUUUCUUAGAAUUUCUUUUUGCUUUGUAUAAACUGGUACCAGUAAAAGCCUGGACAGAAAACACAAAAUCAGGGACAUGCCUUCUUUAGCUAAUUAUCUGCUGUCGGCUGCGUUGACCAGUUGUUGUCAACAUGGGAUCAUUCUCUGUAUUAGGAGAUCUGUUGAUGUUCUCUCUCUUUUUGUUUUUUUUCCUUCUGUCUUUUGUCUAAGUGCCCAGCUUGGCUGCGCAGUAAUGAAAAGUGCCAAAAAAUAAAAGUAUAAUUUCCAUAACAAAAGCCUUCGACUUAUGGCGGCCUUCUCACAAGCCUCCAUAUGGUCCUCAAGCGACAGAAUUUAGAUUUUCACUCUUCUUUCUUACUCUCCCCACACUCUCUUACUCUCUUCUUUUUUUAAAACAUGGGGAAAAAUGUUAAGCCAUGACUGAGAAUGAAUGGUUUGGAUUUUUUUCUUAUUUUCCUUUGUACCACUGUUAUUAGAAGUGGGGAUAAUACUGGUGAUGACGAUGAUGAUAAUGACAAUAAUAAAACCAAUA